AUGGCCUCGAAGCGACAGCGUUAUCUGUACCGGCCCUUGUACCGCGGGGUCAUAAGGCCUCUGGGCUACUGCCUGCUGACCCCGCUGGUUCUGGUGCUGGUUGCCGUCGAUAUCUGUCGCGAGUGCUGCUGCGCCUCAGCCCGGGACCGAGGCACCUAUUACCGCUCACCUUUGGAAGCGCAGCGCGAGUUCGAGGAGUUGUGCGAAAGGCUGGAGAAGGACUAUACCCCGCGGCCGCUUCUUGCCGAGGAGCGUCCUAGGCCGCUCACCAGCUGCGGUGGCGACGGGAAUGAUGGCGAUGAGAAGACGGAGAAGAGUUCAGCAGCGCUCCCGCAAGACCAAUCUCCCUUCUUCACCAAGCUGCCCGCCGAGCUGCGUUUGCGCAUCUAUCACGAAAUUCUCGGGGGGAAAGUAAUCCACCUAUUACUCCAACCAGGGCGCGUCGGCCACGUCGUCUGCAGCGGCGACAGCAGCAUCGUGCGCACCGCCGGCGACCCGGACCGCCGCUGCAUCGCGGCCUACAUGGCCCCGCGCGAGAGGCAGCUCCACCAACAACAGCUGGACCGCCAGAACCUCGCGGCCAACGUCGCCGAGCUGCCGCACCGCCCGCACAGCUGCCCAGCGCCGCUCCUCGUCGACGACUCGGUCUACCGCGUCUACAGCACCCACCACCGCGCCCACGACUCGCACCCGCGCCUCCUCUCCAACCCCACCUGCAGCAUGCACCGCCCCCACUCCCUCCUGCCCAGCUCCCUGCUCCCCCGCCACCACUCGCACCUCUCGUCGGGCCUCGCCUUCCUGCUGACCUGCCGCCGCGCCUACCGCGAGGCCGUCGACGUCCUCUACGCCGCCAACGUCUUCGACGCAAACCACCCCCAGACCCUCGUCCUGUUCGCCCGCACCCUGCUGCCCCACCGCCUCGCCGCCAUCCGCGAGCUGCAGGUGCGCUGGAGCUGGCGCCUGCGCGAGCGCGCCAACGCCCGCGCCCCGCACUUGUGGUGGGAGCAGCUAUGGCGCGAGGUCGUGGGAGGUGGUCGCAUGAGCGGGCUGCGCGCUGUGUGGCUGAGUCUGGAGCUGGGCAGCCGCUUCGUGGGCAGCGGCCAUGGCGGUGACGAGGAGGAGGACGAGGCGGCCCUGGCCGAAGAGGAGGGGCUGCUGAUGCCCGUGGCUGACUGUUUGAGGGGCUUGAAGAAGUUCGAGGUCGCAGUGGAGCUGGAAAGCCUGCAUGGGGCACUGCGCUGCGACGCCCAUCGCCCUUCGGAUUUGAGGAAUCGUCUUCAAGGCAUCGUAUGUGCGCCGCCUGGAAAGUCGCAAGAGCUGCGUGCUUCAGUGACCUGUUGA